AUGGCUACCCUAGGUCGACUUCCAGGUGUAAGAGAGUUAUCAGAAUCGUACUACACGGAUCUGUCCAAGGCUUCCCCCCAUCUGCCUUGUGAUCAAACCCUGGACGCGCAUUUUUCCUCGCUCCGCGCCCACAAUUCCCCCAUCCACAAGCGCAAGGAGCGCAGCAUCUCCCCUCCUUCCGCCCUCACCGCACUGAUUACAGGCGCUUCUGGCGCGCAAACAUGCAAUGCCGCACCCUUCGCGUCGUCCCUUCAAUGUCCGCCUCCUCUCGUUUUCGUCGCGGACUGCCCGCACGAUUGUGCCGCCAGCAGCAACUGCGCCGCUGAUGACUGGCGGUUUACCGAGUACGCGACGCCGCGGGACGUCUUUCGUCCGCUUCCAGACGACUUCCGCCAACGCUCCGCCGCCGCCGCCGCCAUGCGAGAAACCGGCGCAGGCGCAGCAGCAAUGACGCCUGAAAGUCUUGAGGUUCGGUCUCUCGCGUCGGAAAUUCCCCUCACGUUCUGGGAGGCGCAACAAGCGCAGAAGCAGCAGCGUCCGCACACUGUGCCGCGCACUGGUGUCCCCUACUUUCGCAGCAGCAGCGGUAGCAGCAGAAGGGCGCCAGGGUCGCCGCUGGGAGGGGACGGUAAUCCCAAGAACCGCGCUGGGAAUGCGUUGGGAAGAGCUAGAGUGCAAUUGCAAGGGGCGAGGGGAUCGAGGUUGCUGGCAGCGAGAGCGUUGCACCAUGGCUCGGAUCGUGAACGCAGCAGCACGCGCGGCGGUUUCGAUGACGGUGCAUUAAUCAACGGUGGGGAUGCUGCCGCGUCUGCGGCGACUGGCACGGGUUCUCCUCUGCCGAGCCGAAAGUUCCUGGCUAGGACGUUUAGCGGGUCCGUGGAAUGGCCGUCUCGGCUGGAGAGCCUGUUCAUGCGACCAGGCUCGGGAAAGGGCAAAGCCCUUGGAGACACCAGUGGAAGAGCAGGUUUUUUCAUGGGCAGCGGAAGGAGAUUACACGGGGAUAUUGAUGAGAAUGAGGAGGCAGAAACGGCGGGGGUUCAACGCAGCAGAAAUGAAAUUAUGAAGGGGGUUAGGGGAAGAAUUUUGCCACAGUAUGUUGACGAGUGUGAAGAGGGGUUUGAUGGAUCAGCAGAUGGUGACCUGGAGUACUACGCGGAAUGGCGGGAAGGAGCCGGAGGAGCGGAGGAGCAGCUGCUGUGGGCGGGACGAGAUACCACCACUGGCAUCCCAAUCCCUCUUCCCCCCCUUCCCUCCGUCCUCUCCCCUCCCCCCCCCUCUCCGCUUCUGAUUGUUAGACAUUCUCGAGUACGCGCAAUGGCUGGGAAUGGAGCUACCGGAGGAGGAGGAGCUGCUGUGGGUGGCGCGACAGGGGCUCAAGGCACCGCUGCCGCCCAACUGGAAACCAUGGUGCGUCGUUUGGGGCGUGUGUGUGUGUCAUGCGCACGCUUGGUGUGCGUGCGUAGUGACAUGCGCACGUUUAGUGUGCGCGCUUGCAGCUUUCGUGUAGCGUUAGACUCACGCAUUGCCGGAUGGCUGUGGUUGGUGAUCUGCAAGGCAAAGGAGUGGCACGCGUGUGUGUGUGACAUUGAGUGUCUGGGAGUGGGGGUGGGAGAGGGAGGUGUGUUUGUUCGCACGGACGAUGACGAGAUAUAUUACUUCAAUUUCCAGACGGGCGAGAGCGUGUGGGAUCACCCCUGCGACGACCACUAUAGGUGGGAUGGGUGGGAGAGGUGCAGUGCUUGCUGCAAGUGGGGUGGGCGGGCAAUUCAUGCUGCAGGUGGGGCGGUGCUUUUCCCAUCCCAGUGGGUCGGUUGUUCUCAAUCGCAUGCUCUUCUCCCAUCUCCCAAACCCUUCACACCCUCCCCAUUGCCCAUCUCUUCCCCCGUGCCCAUCCCUUCCCCCGUGCCCAUCCCUUCCCCCUUGGCCAUCCCUUCCCCUUUGCCCAUCCCUUCCCCCAUAGCUCUCCCACCCUCAGCGGAGGCGCAAGCGGAGGCGCAAGGUGGUUCCCAAGGGCUCAAGAGACGCCUCUCCGGAUUCUCCAAACGCAGGGGCGAGGGCGUCUCUCCAUCACAGACCGCUCAGAGGAUGCUAGAGGAACCAACCCCAACCUUGCUGUUCCCUGCCCCCUCCUCCCCCCGCCCAUUCAUGCAAGCAGGAGUGCCUCAGGGGCGAGGGCGCCUCUCCAUCACAGACAGCUCAGAGGACGAUAGAGGCAUGGCGCGCGCUGCUGCUGCUUCCCAGCAGCAAAUGAGACUCCAACAGCAGCAGCAACAGCAGCAGUUUCAGCAGCAGCAGCAAAGACAGGCUAGACAGCAGCAGCAGCAGCAGCAGGGGGGGGAGCAAGGGCUAGGGGGUAACCAGCAGAGCAGGAGACCACCCGCAGGGUCGGGAGCAGGGGGAGGGGCAGGUGGAGGUUCGGGUGCUUCCGAUAGGGGAGCAGGAGGUGGAGGUUCGGCUGCUGGAGGGUCGGCGGCAGGUUCGGCAGGAGGUUCGGGGCAGGAGGUAGAGCUGCUGCAUCAGGUCACGUGGUCUCCCGAGCUUGGGCAGGGUCGGCGGUCCCCCAUGGCUAGCUCUCUGGCUCGGGCGGGGUCUAUGGGUGCUGCUAUCAAGGGAAAGCCCACAGUUCUGGAAGAAACGGAUGAGGAAUGGGAAACGUCUGAUGACGAAACGGGCACCAGACCCCCUUCAUCAGCUGCUGCUGCUGCUGCUGCUGCUGCUGCAUCAGCAUCAGCACCAGGUGCAGCAGCAGCAUCUGGAAUUCCAGUUUCCCAAUCCCCCGGUGUUGUGCCUAGUGCUGCUGGAGGGGGGGGACAGGGGGCAGGCGCAGGAGCAGGGGGAGGAGGGGGAGGGGGAACAGGGGGAGGUGGGGGUGGUGGUCGGGGGGGCGGUAGAGGAGGAGCCGAGGGUUACCACCAACAGCAGCAACAACAGCAGCAGCAGAAGCAUGGAAUGGUGCCUCGGAGGGCGGGUGGAACGCCGAACCAGAACCAGGAGGUUCGGCGAGGGGGGGGAGGAGGGGCAGGGGGUGUUGGCGGCGGUAGUGCGGAGGGUGGGGGCAGGGGGGAAGCAGGUAGCAACAGCAGAAGACCAGGGAGUUCUGAUAGGGUGGGAGGGGAAGCUGGGGUGGUGGGAGCAGGAGUGAGUGGUGUGGGUGCUGUUGGUAAGGGAGGAGCAGAGGGACGGGAGGGCCGGGAGGGGAGGGAGAGGAGGGAAGAGCGAGGAGAAGGAGUCGGGGGGAGGCAGGAGGGGGAGGGGAAGGAGAGGCGGAGGUCUUUGGAGGGGCGGGGGAGUGGCACGGGGGGGGAGAGGGCAGGGGAGAGAUCCGCGGAGAGGGGGGAUCCGAGGGAUGGGCGGGGGGGAGAGGGGGCGGGGAGAGGAGGGCCGAAGAGAACUAGCAGCACAGAUGCCCAGGGGGGAGUGGGUAACGGCCAGGGCAGUGGUCAGGGCAUGCAGGGUUACUCAAGAGGAGGAGGGGGUGAGGCUAGUCAAGAUCCGCAGCAGAGAGGCGCCCGGGCAACACAAUCCGCUGCAGGCAUAGCCAGACAGGGUUCCUGGGCCAAACCAGCAGAGGACACAAAGCAGCAGCAGCAGGGAAGGGGCGCUGCUGCAGCAGCAGCUGCUAGUGCUGGUGGUGGUUCGGGCGCUGGUCCUCCUGCUGGGGCCGGUGUGGCUGGGGCAGGCGUAUCUGGUGUAGGUGGUGCUGGUGGUGCUCGCAAGGCGUCUGGGCUGGCUGAUGGGCGGCUUGCAGGAGGGGCGCAAGGGGGAGGCGUAGUGCAAGGGACAGUGCAGGCGGGUGGCUCUGGUGGUUUGCUGGCGGCUGCAGCGGUGGAGAGACAGAAACGGGAAGGGGAGGAGGUGGCGGGUAAAGGAGGGCCAGCUAAGGAGCGUGAGCCUCUUGGUCAGGAACCCAAGGAUAAAGACGCUGAUGCUGAGGACGAUGAGGUGACUCGCCUUCGGGAGGCAGCAGCAGCGGCGCAGCGUCGAAUAGCGCGGUACGAGGCGGAGUGUGACGGGCGGCUGGCAAAACUCAAGGCGGAGAGGGAGGCGCUGGUGAGGCGGCGAGAGGUGGAGAUCACACGGCUGGCGGAGCAGCUUGGCACGCCCUUUGACGCGGGGGCACUCACCCAAGCGCGCAGUGUAGCAGUGGACGAGGGGCGAGCGCUCAUAACACGGGAGAGAGAUGCAGCCGUGGCAGCAGCCAAGGAGGAGGUGGAGCGGGAGAGACAGCGGGUCAUCGCUGUGCUGCGAGAGGAAGCUUCCCUGAAGGUGGCGUUGGAGCGGCGGCACCUGCAGGUGGAUCCUCAGGUGGUGGCGCUGGUGAAUCUGGAGGAGGUGGCCCGGCAGCAGGAGUUUCUGAAUCGGUGGCGUGCAGCACUGGAGCAGGAGAAUCCACAAGUCCUAGCGCGAUGGAAGGCGGCAGCAACGGAGGAAGAGCAGCGAAUGCUGGAGCUGGCACGGAGAGAAGCAGCAGCGCGGGUGGAGCGAAUAGUAGAGCAGGAGGAGCGGCGGGAGCGAGAAUCAGCCCUCAAGGGCAUCCGAGAGCGGGUUCGGGCAAAGCUAGGGGAAGAGGAGAGGCGGAUCGUUGCCCAGGAACGGGCAGAAAUGGCUUCCCGUGUUGCCGAAGCUGUCGCGGAGGAGCGGGAACGGCUCGUGGAGGCUCGGCGGAAGGAGGUGUUGGAUCGGGCGGAGAGGGAGGCUGGGGAGGAGGCGGAGAAGAGGAGACAGGCGAGGUUGCUGGAGGCUUGGAGGAGGGUAGAGGCUGAGGUGGAGGGGGUGCAGGAGGAGGGGUGGGAGAGUGUGGUGGGGAGGGCGAGGGGAGUUGCAGAGGAGGCAGGGAUUUCAAUGGAUGGAGAAAAGGGGAAAUUGCUAGAGAUUGUGCGGUGGUCGCUGGAGGAGGAGAGGAAAGAGUUGAGUGAACAGAGGGUGGCUGAGGUGGUGGAAGCGUUAAAGGAGGAAGAGAGGGAGGUUGUAGCGCGGAUGAAGAAGGAGAAGGGGGUGAAUGGAGAGGUGGUGGGUGCUGAUGGGGUUGGCGGUGCUGUGAGCGCUGCUCUGAAGGCCCGGGCAGAGGAGGAAGCUGCUGGGAAGCUGGAGAGGUUGAGGAAGGAAGCGGAGGAGAGAGUGAGGGAGCAGGUGAGAGGAGAGGAGGCUGCGUUGCUGGCCAGAAGGAGAGGGGAGAUGGAGCAGAGGGCUGAAGCGUUGGGCAGAGGCGGGAAGGGUGCGGUGAUUCAGCUGGAGAAGGAUUUCCUGGAAGGGGAGUUAGGGGAGAAGAUCGCACUUAUGAGGAAAGAAGCGGAGGAGAGGGAGGUGCGGGAAAGGGAGAGGCUUAAAGCGAGUAUAGAGAGGCGGCUGGAGGAGGUUGUGGAGGGGGAGGAGAGGGCGAUGGAAGGGGUGGUGGAGGAGAGGAAGAAGGAGAUGAGGGAGAGGGCCAGGCGGGCUGUUCAGGAGGAAGAGAAGAAGCUUCUAGAGGAGAUGCGAGCACAGGUUCGGAAGAAGGUGGAGGAUAGGUUUGGCGCCGAGGCUGAGAGCUGGGCAGGUUCGGUGAGGGAGGAGUUGAUGGAGCAGGCGAAGAGGGAGGUGGAAGAGGAGGUUGAGGAGUGGCGGAGGAAGGAACUGGCUGGUGCUGGGGUGCAGGGGAGUGGGAGGAAGGGUAGGAAGAGGGGAGGGAAGAAGGGGAAGGAGGACGGGGGAGAGGAGGAGGAUGAAGAUGGGGAGGAGGAGGAAGAUGAGGAGUUGGAGGAGGAAAGGGAGAUGAGGAGGCAAGAAAUGAUGGAGGAAUUAGAGGAGGAGGUUGAGACAGAGAAGCAGAGGCGGUGGGAGGAGAUGGAGGAGGAUCUCAUCAGCCAAUGGGAGGCCAAGAAAGAGGAGCGGCUCGCUGAGCUGGCACGAAAAGUGGACGCUGACGUGGCGGAGGGGUAUGAGAAGUUGAGAAGGGAGAAGGAGGAGGAGAUUGAGCGGAAGAUUUGGGAGCAGAAGGUCGCUGAGGUGGACGGGCAGAUUGGAAAAUUGCUCGAGGAGGAACGGGCAGUUCGGCUCCAAGCUGCCCGAAAAGUCAUGGAUGCUUCGUUAAGAAAGCAAAUCGCGAGUGAGAGGGAGGAGAGUCUGGGGCAGAUGAGGAAGGAAUGGGAUGAAAUGGAACCAGAGCAGCAGGAGGCUUGGGUGGUGCAGCAGAGAGAGGAGAAGGGGCGGAGGAUGGAAGAAGAGAUGAAGAGGCGGGUAGAGGAGGAAGUAAGGGAUUACAGAGAGAGAAUGCUGGCGACAGUUGCCGCAGAGGAGAGGGAGGUGCGGUCGAGAGAGAGCAACAAGAGAGACCUGGUGAGGAUUGAGAGAGAGUACAAGCGGCAGAGGCAGGAAAUGGAGUUGAGGGCCUCACAUGCUCUAGAGGCGUUUAGAACGGACCUGAGCGUGAGGCUGGAGCGGGAGAAGCUGAGACUGAGACGGGAAGCGAAGCACGCUCUAGAGAGGUAUGAAAUUGAGCUGGAUAUUAAGGUGGAGAAAAAGGUGGAGUCUAUGAGGGUGGACCUUCAGAUUAGGCUAGAAGCUAUGCGGAGGGAGAUGGAGGUGACUCUGCGGAAGAAGGUGGAGGAGGAGCGGGUGAGACGGCUGGAGAUUCUGAGUCGCGAGUUGAAGGCGGAAGAGAGGGAGAUGAGGCGGGGGUGGAGGGAGCUUAUGGCGCAGGAGGAAGCCAAGGUGAGAAGGCAGUACGAGCAGAGAAGGAAUCUGUUGAGUAAUGCGCUAGAGAGUGAGUCGAGUGGUGUGGAGGGGAGAGGGGGCGGUGUGGGGGGAGAGGAUGGGAAGCAGCGAGGCGGGAGGGGUGCGAACCGGAACCCGCACCAGCAGGUUGGGUUCGGCGGGUUAGGUUCGGGCGGGGUGCGGGGGAUGGGAGGGGGGAUGGGUGGGGGCGGAGGGGGGAUGUUUGGCGGGAUGGGGGGCGGGAUGGGGGGAAUGGGCGGGAUGGGGGGGAUGAGGUUGAUGGAUGGGAGUGGGGGGAGUGGAGGGGGAUUCAGGCUUCUAGAGGUGGCUAAUGAGAAGGUGGGUGGGGGUGGGGAGGGUAUGGGAGGGAGAGGAGGAGCGGGAGGAGCGAGAGGGAGAGUGGGCGGCGGAGGAGGGAUGGGAGGGAUGGGAGGGGGCGUAGGGGGAAUGGGUGGGGGUAAUAUGGGCGGGUCUUGGCUGGAAGAGCUGAGGAGUGGCGGGGAAUCAGAUCCCGAUCGAUCCGACGAGGCUGAUACCAAGAAGGACGUGGACUCGCUCCCCCCUGAGGCCACAGGGGGAGCGGGUGCCACAUGGGGCGCAGGGGGGGAGCGGGGAGAGCGGGGGGAGAGGGGGGAGCGGGGAGAGGUAGGGGCGGAUGGGGCUGGCGGGCUGGAUGGUGGGGGAAGAGACGGAGGGGGAGGGGGAAAGGCGGGGGGAGAAGCAGCAGGGGGCGGCACAGCAGCGGGAGGGGCGGAGGGGCAGGGAACAGCAGUAGCAGUGGCCUUGGGGCCGCAUCCAUUGGGAUCUCCUGACGAUUCGGGAAGCAACUUCGGGGAAAGUUCCUCAGAGCUCCCGAGGUUGACGCUGGGGGGGGCGGGCGGGGAGGGGGAGGCGGCGGGGCUGGCGGGGGACUGGAUGGGGCGGGGAUGGGCGAAGCCGGGGCAGAGGCGGUCGCGGAAUCGCAACAGCGGGAAGGCGGCACGGCAGCCGAAUGAUGUCGCGGAUUAUUACUCCGAGUGGAGCGAGUCGGGCUCUGACCUGGUGAGCUCUUCAGCUCCUCUCGACCGUUAUCCACUCCACUCACCUCCUCUCAACGCCUUGCAACGCCCUCUAAACCCCUCUCUACCCCUCUCGACGUUGGACCUGUGUCUGUGUACCCUGCAGGAGCUAGCGGACAGGGAGUUCAGGGCAGGGGGCGGCAGGAAGGGCAUGGACAACGGGGACGAGCUCUUUGACGAGGAAGGCGUACCCUUCAGUGAGCGGGCAUCCAUGGUGGAGCAAGCAAAGCUGUUUGCAGCGGAGCAACAGAAGUAUCUCAAGGAGCGCCAGGCUGUCAUCGAGGCCGCCCGGCAGGACUGGCAGCGCCAGAUGGCUGCCGCCCAGGAGGUCUCAGAUGAGGACGACAGACGCCGCCGCAUCCAGCACCUGACGGAUCUUAAAGCCACGUUAGACCAGCAUGUUAGGGAGCUUAAUGAUGAUGCCAGGCAUGUCAGUCAACUCAAGAAGAAUCUGCUGAGUUUUUCCAGAAAUGGGGCGAAUAGUGGCGCAGGGAGUGGGCCUGGUGCGGGGAGUGGUGGUGGGAGUGGGGAUUUUGGGAGGGGUGGGAGGGGAGGGAGAGGGGAAGGAGGGAGGAGGGACGGGGGAGUGGGAGGGAGGGGAGGGGCGGGGGGAAGAGGGGAGGGGGGAGUGGGGAUUCCGCCAGGUGGCGGCGUGCGAUUGGAUCAGAAUGGGCCGCUGUUGAAUUUCCCGCCGGAUGCGAUUAUGUCCCGAGCCUCGUCGUUUGCUUCGGCGAGCAUGGGUCGGGAGAGCUUCGAUAUUGAUGAGAUGAUGGGCGGGCUAGGGCUGGAAGGGCCCUGGUCCAGACCAAGUCCCCGAAGCAGCCUCGGAGGCACGGGGGACAUGAUGGGAGGAGGUUCGGGUGGAGCAGGAGUGGGGGCAGGUGCGAGAGGAGGGGGGAUGGGGGGAGGAGCAGGGGGGGGAAGUGGAGGCAUGGGGAUGGGAAUGGGGAUGGGUAUGAGGGGCGGCAGUGGUGGUGCCAGCAGUGGUAUGGGGGGGAGGGGAUUCGGUGGGGGGGUGGGAGGGGGAAUGGGUGGUGGGGGGAUGGGUCGAGGAGGCGGGAUGGGGGGAGGCGGGAUGGGAGGGGGAGGGCUUGGAGGCCGGGACUCGUGGUUUGAUGAGGUGUAUGGUUCGAGCUCUGCUGUUACAUCCCCCACUCUCUCCCCGCCCGGCAUUGCUGGCAGAAAUAUUUUCCAAGGGGAGUUUGAUCUGGGGGAGGGGAGUGGCGGAGGGGGGAGCGGCGGGGGGAGGAUGGGGGGAGGAGGAAUGGGAAUGGGGGGAGGCGGAGGGUUGGGAGGAGGUGGUGGGAGGAGGGGAGGGGGGAUGGAGGAGGGAGGGGCGAGGAGGGGCGGGGCCGGGGGAGGAGGGGGAGGGGGAGGGGGGAUGGAGGUGGAGGGUAGUGGAGCGGAGUUCAAGUUUGGUAAUCUGCUGCCUGGAGCUCAAGCCCUGCCCGAUCCCCUGCGCAGGAAUAGGGAAGCGGCUCGAGCAGCAGGCAGUGGCAGCGGCGGCGGCGGUGGUGGUGGGGGUGGCGGGGCAGGUGGCAGCUUGUUUUCUCUUGACGACUCUCCCACAGGCCGUGACAUGGACGCGCGGGGUGAUAUGAGGGCUGACGGAAGGGUGGAGGGGAGGAUGGGCCGGGAUAUGGAGGGGAGGGAAGGGCGUGAGGUGGAGGGUCGAGGAGGGAGGGAGGCGGGAGGGAGAGCAACGGCGGCGGCGCAUCGGUUGUCAAAGCUGCAAGAUGAAUCGGGUGUUGGGAGUGGCAGCGGCAGGGAGCAGGUGUCUCGGCAAAGAGGAGCACACAGUGGAUCGGCUCAGCAGCAGCAGCAGGGCCGCCGCUCCUCAAUGGACGUCUGA